AUGCCUCCCAAAUUCUCUGGUAAGCGUUCCAAUCUCCCUCCCAGGUCUUUUCGAAAUAUUUAUAAAAACCCAAAUGCCUUUGAGGGUCAGGCAAAAAGAUCGGCGGAUGAAAAUGGACUAAGCGAUCCCAUGUUCUAUGUCAAUCGCAAAAAUGAAAUUGAUCGAAUCAUGGGAUUCAACUCCUAUGAAGGUGGACCACCUCGUGAAGCUUGGUUAGUGAACGUUCAUCCAACCGUUAUUGAAAGCCAAAAGCUCAACUCGACACUGAGCGCUGUCGACUUUUACUUCAUUGAGGACGACGGUGAAACAUUCCGUAUUACCAUUCCUCAUGCUCCAUACUUCUACAUUGCAGCUCGAGAAGGGAAAGUAACAAAUGUAGAAGAGUACAUGAAAAAAAAUUUUGCUGGGCUUGUAAAAUCUAUCUCACGAGAAUACAAGGAUGAUUUGAAUUUGAAAAACCACAUAGUUGGUUACAAAAAACUGUACAUGAAAUUAACGUUUGACAAUUUAACAGAUCUUCAGUCAGUUCGGCGCACCCUUAUGUCUGCGGUAAAGUCAAAUAAUGCCAAGGAAGAAGCUUUUAAUACCUAUGCACCUCUUAAUGAUUCCAAAGAUUUGGUUCUAGACAAUGCCUAUGAUGAUCCUAUGGACCAUAUUAUGGAUCUCCGCGAAUUUGAUGUGCCAUAUCAUGCUAGAACUCUGAUUGAUCUUGAGAUUCGUGUGGGUAUGUGGUAUACUGUGUCUUUUCAUGAAGGAGAGCCACAAGUUGCCCCUCUUCCCACUCGUAUUGAGCGUGCAGAACCAACCAUUAUGGCGUUUGACAUUGAAACUACUAAAUUGCCUUUGAAAUUCCCAGAUAGUUCAUUCGACAAAAUUAUGAUGAUUUCUUAUAUGGUAGACGGUCAGGGUUUCUUAAUUACGAAUCGCGAAAUUGUUGGCGAAGAUAUAGAAGAUUUCCACUAUACUCCUAAGCCCGACUUUGAAGGACCUUUUAUCAUAUUCAACGAGCAAGACGAAUUAAGCUUGUUACAUCGAUUUUUUAAACAUAUAAGAUCCGCCAGGCCCACCAUUAUAGUCACCUAUAACGGUGAUUUUUUCGAUUGGCCUUUCGUUGAUGCUCGAACUACCUUUCAUGGCUUGAAUUUAGCAGAAGAAAUCGGUUUUAGCAGAGACGCAGAGGACGAAUAUAAAUCAUCCUAUUGUACCCACAUGGACGCUUUUCGUUGGGUAAAAAGGGAUAGUUAUUUACCACAGGGAAGUCAAGGCUUAAAGGCAGUUACUGUAGCCAAGUUAGGUUAUAAUCCUAUGGAAUUAGAUCCUGAAUUGAUGACUAUUUAUGCUAGUGAGAAAGCUCAGACGUUGGCACAAUACUCAGUUUCAGAUGCUGUCGCUACUUAUUAUCUCUAUAUGAAGUAUGUUCAUCCUUUCAUUUUUUCCCUCUGUAAUAUUAUUCCUCUAAACCCUGACGAGGUUUUGCGAAAGGGAACUGGUACCCUUUGUGAGACAUUGCUCACCGUAGAGGCAUCUACAAACAAUAUUAUUUUACCCAACAAACACGUGGAGGCACCUCAAAAAUUUUUUGACGGACAUAUGCUUACUAGUGAAACAUAUGUUGGUGGUCAUGUUGAAAGUUUAGAAUGUGGUGUCUUUCGUAGUGAUAUUCCUACUCCGUUUGAUAUGGAUCCUGCUGUCUAUCAAGAUCUGGUUUCUCAGCUAGAUAAAGCAUUACAGUUCUCAAUUGUAACAGAAAACAAGAUUGAUAUGGACGAUAUAGAAGACUACGAGGAGGUAAAAUCUCAAAUUAUGUCGAAGUUAUCCGACUUACGAGAUAAACCUAAGCGAUCAGAAAAGCCUAAAAUUUAUCAUCUGGAUGUUGCUUCGAUGUACCCUAAUAUCAUGAUUACGAAUCGUUUACAACCUGAUUCUGUAAAGGAUGAAUCCUUUUGUGCUACAUGUGAUUUCAAUGUACCGGAUAAAACUUGUGAUCGACGAAUGGUGUGGGCAUGGAGAGGUGAGUUUCACCCUCCUAAAAAAGAUGAAUAUCAGAUGAUUCUUUCGGCCAUGCAGACCGAAAGAUUCCCAAGUUUGACAUCUUUUGGUCCUUCCAGAUCAUUUGACGAACUUUCACCCACAGAACGAGCCGAAAAAAUACAGAAGCGUCUAGCUGACUAUAGUCGAAAAGUUUACCAUCGACUUUAUGAUAAUAAAGUCAUUGAACGCGAAACAAUCAUUUGCCAAAAGGAAAAUUCGUUUUAUAUCGAUACUGUAAAAGCGUUCAGAGAUCGUCGAUAUGAUUUCAAAGGCUUACAGAAAAAGUGGAACAAAAUCCUUUCGUCCAGAUCAAGUUCUGGUAGUCUUGCUGAAUUGGAGGAAGCCAAGAAAAUGGUAAUUUUGUAUGACUCGCUUCAACUUGCCCACAAAGUCAUCUUAAAUUCUUUCUACGGUUAUGUAAUGAGAAAGGGAUCUCGUUGGUACUCAAUUGAGAUGGCGGGUAUUACUUGUUUGACAGGCGCUACUAUUAUUCAAAUGGCACGCCAAAUUGUUGAACGAGCAGGACGUCCCCUCGAAUUAGAUACCGAUGGAAUUUGGUGCAUUUUACCAGAAUCGUUUCCGGAGAAUUUUGAGUUUAAGAGGAAGUCCGGCGGAAAAGUGUUUAUCUCUUAUCCGUGUGUUAUGUUGAAUCACUUAGUUCAUGAGAAAUUUACCAAUCAUCAAUACUCAUUGCUUAAAAAUCCGGACACUUUAGAAUACGAAACCACGAGUGAAAAUAGUAUUUUUUUUGAAGUCGACGGGCCUUAUCGGGCAAUGAUUUUACCAGCUUCUAAAGAAGAAGGUAAAACUUUAAAGAAGCGUUACGCUGUUUUCAAUUUUGAUGGCAGUUUGGCCGAACUAAAAGGUUUUGAAGUUAAGCGAAGAGGUGAAUUAAAGCUUGUCAAGGACUUUCAAUCGCAAAUCUUCAAGAUUUUCUUGAAGGGAGAAACUCUUGAGGAGUGUUACAAAGAAGUUGCAUCGGUUGCGGAUACAUGGCUCGAAGUUCUUUUCACAAAAGGAAAAGACGUAACUGAUGACGAACUUUUUGAACUGAUUUCUGAAAAUCGAAGUAUGUCGAAGUCACUUGCAGAAUAUGGAUCACAAAAAUCGACAUCCAUUACUACCGCUAAACGUUUGGCUGAUUUUUUGGGUGAUCAGAUGGUAAAAGACAAGGGUCUUGCUUGUAAGUUUAUUAUCUCUUCAAGUCCCAAAGGAAGCCCUGUUGCAGAGCGGGCCAUUCCUAUAGCUAUUUUUUCAGCUGAAGAAUCCGUCAAAAGGCAUUUUUUGCAGCUAUGGUUGAAGAACAAUAAUCUAUACAAUAUUGAUAUUCGAGAUGUCUUAGAUUGGAACUAUUAUAUUGAACGCCUAGGUUCAGUAGUCCAAAAGUUAAUUAGUAUUCCUGCAGCUUUACAAAGGAUCGCUAAUCCCGUACCUCGAAUCCCAUUGCCUGACUGGUUGCAUAAACGGCUUGCUUCAUUGAAUUCGGGUUAUAAGCAGAAGAAAAUUGAUUCAAUAUUUAGCGCUGCUCCUGUACCUCCUACAACUCAGCUUAACGAUAUUGAAGAUUUUGGAUCGCAAGGUACAAAUCGAACUCCAACUAUCGCUCGAGUAUCUAAAAGAAAAUCCGCUCAACCAUCUGGUAAUGAUACCCAAGUCUCCUUUAGCGAAAAACCCGUAUCAAUUGCUGAAGGGUACAGUACAUGGUUAAAGUACCUAAAGAAAAAAUGGAAUUACCAAAAACAAGUACGUACUCGAAGACGCCAUCUUGUUGGAUUUCAAUCUAGACAAUUUACGAACGUAUUUAAAUCAUCGGCUGAAAGCAUGUAUCAGAACUUAUGGCAUAUUGUACAAAUAAGGAACACUGACAGUCCUGGUGUUUUGCAUGCGUGGGUGAUUAUAAAUAAUAGGCUGACUUCAGUUCGUUUUAACCUUCAGAGAAAAUUAUUUAUUUGCUUCAAAGACAAUAAUUUGCCGAAUGUUGAGAUUGAAGACUGUAAGAUUGAAAAAAGCAAUGCCAUCCUUCCGCAUGGCAAUGUUUCUGAUAAGCUAUUCAGUUUGGAAAUACCUGAGAAGACUUACUUGAAUGAGAAGAAUGCUAUAUCGAUGAUAUUUGCUCAUCCAUCAGUAGAAGGUAUAUACGAGACGAAGAUAAAGCCUAUUGAGCGUGGGAUUUUGCACAUUGGAUGCCACAGAAGAUUCAACAAUGCACUUUCCGGAGCCUUAGGAAAAGCAUUCGAAACAGGGUUCGAACCUGAAAUGUUUGUGCACCCUUACGAAAGUGAUGUCAAAUACCUUGAGGGUGUUGAAAUGAAUUACAUAUACGCGUUUCAUUGUUCAUGGAACCAACGAUUUGUAUUAUGUCUAUUUCUCCCUCAUUUAGCCAAAGCUGAAGUUGUCGUUUAUGACAGUCUUUCGGGUGAGGAUACCUCCUUUCCUCAAAUAGAAGAUCUUUAUCAUGAAUUGCGGCAUAAAUAUACUGAUGUACUAAAAGUCUCGGCUAUAGAGUAUCCUGAAGAUAUCACUUUUUCGGUUUCAUAUAGCAAAAACGAAAAGAAAGCAUAUAAGUUAAUUGACGAAAGAUUACUGCAGUACCUUUCCGCGAAAACCAAAAACAGUUUGCUAGUCAUUGAAACCACCUCUCCCGAAAAGCUUGAAGCAAAUCUUAAGCAGUUAGAAGAAUUGCCUUACACAAUACUCACUCGCCGUGAAACAAUGAUCCAGUCUCUUUCCUGGAAGCAAUACGUUUCCAAGAAAAUGAUUCAACAUUUCCUAGCUGUGGGUGCUUGGAUAAAUCAUCGUAUACAACUUUCUAGAUACGGAGAUAUUCCACUUUGUAAUUUCGAAAGUGACGAGCUUCAGUAUGUCAUUGAUUUACUAUAUGCAAGGAAACUCAAGGAACAAAAUAUAAUAUUAUGGUGGAAUAAGGGUCCGAUGCCAGAUUUGGGUGGUUUAGAGAAGGAUGAUGUAUUACAUGUCGCCAGUCCAAAUGAUUCGCUUGAGGUUAAUCGAUCGGAUGCCUAUCCCAAUGCCUGUGUAGAUGUAUCUUUCUCAAAUUUAGCUGUUUGCAGUGUCCUCAACUCGGCCUUGAUUAAUGAGAUAGAAGGUGCGAACGAUUUGGCUGCCUUGAAUGAUGGCUUUACCGCGAACGUAACAGAUGAUUUGGAAGCUCGAUUGGGAAUGUAUGAUUCAGUGGGCUUAGCUCAUUCCCUUCCUGUACUAAAAGAACUCAUAAAAGGUUGGUGGCAGGAAGCCGCAAGUGGAAACACACUAGCUGACUUAAUGAUUCAACAUUUGGCAAGAUGGAUAAACUCUUCAAAGUCAUAUUUAUAUAGCCCACUGUUGGUUAGCCAUAUACAAGUUGUCAUGAAAAAGACAUUUUUACAACUGCUUGCCGAAAUAAAAAGACUUGGAGCACAAAUCGUAUACGCCACAACUAAUCGAAUCAUCAUAGGAACGUCCAAGACCACUGUUCAAAAUGCUAUAUCUUACACGAAAUAUAUUCUAAAGUCGCUUAAAACUCUUCCCUUGUUUCACUUUCUGGAUUUAAAUAUCCAAGAAUAUUGGGAUUAUUUGUUAUGGAUGGAUCCAGUAAAUUAUGGUGGAAAGAUGAUUUUACCAGAAACCUUGGCGAUUAGUCCCUUACAGGACCCAGAAACUGUUGUAUCAUGGCAUAUCAAGAGUCAUCUACCUCCUAUUGUCCAACCCGAGUUUCAAAAUUGGGUAGUUGAGUUUAUUGAGGAAGUAUAUAAACAAAAGUAUUUGAAGCAAAACGGAAAGAGCGCUAAUAUGCGAGUCCGCGAAAAUGUUUCUGAAGCUGAAGCCGAACUACAAAGUUUGGGUGCAGGUAUUCUUAGUGAAAAGAUGAUGCCUCCAUUAAAAAGGCAAAUUAUCGCAUUACAAAGAAGAUUCCAAGAGUUGGGGCUACAUGACGAAAUUAUGGAAAGCUCUCAGUUUCCGAAACUUCCAGGUUCCUUCAAAAAGUUUUCAAAUGUCCCGUUAGAAUUUAUUAAAAUGCUGUGUGCUGUCUAUGGCUUGGCUGAAAACUUAAGCCUAGAAAAUCAAUUAUUAAAGAAAGUUCUGUUAUCUGUACUGCAAGUACGUGAAUUUUCUACCAUUGCACUCUUUGAGUAUCCGAGUCAAAAGCUCAGGUUAGAACAGAUUUCCUGUCGACAGUGUGGUAUGGGUCAUGAUUUCGAUCUUUGUCUUCAUGAGCAAUUAUGGCCGGAGCGUAAUGAGUCUGGAAAUUUGAGUUUUCCAACAGGGUGGACAUGUCAAGGAUGUAAUUCACCUUUUGAUCGAUGGGUAUUUGAAGAAACCCUAAUUGACAAUAUUCAACAUCAGCUCGUCUUGUACCAAGUACAAGAUUUGACCUGUUCAAAAUGUAAACGUGUAAAGGAAUGGGGCCUCAAGGCGCGUUGUACAUGCGGUGGAGAAUGGGUGUUAGGAAUAUCACCCAAAAAAUUCCGUGAAACGCUGAGGGUUUAUCAAGCAGUGGCCGAUUUUUAUGAAUUUUCGAUUCUAAAAGCGACUGCAGAAUCGGUAGCUGGCAUGUUAUAA